AUGUUUGGGCGAAUUUUAAAGGCGACGCGUGCCUCGCGUUGCGUGCAGUCACGCCCGGAACGACAAUGCUCACCGCUGUGCCGAGAGAUUUCCGAGUUUUGUAACCGAGAAUACUACGAUAUGACUCGUCACUAUGGUCAAUCAGAGCAAUCUGAUAGCGUGCAUCGUUCUGAUCAACGAUCCAAACGAGAAGGACUCUCCUUCGGCUCAUCAAUCCAAUACGUAUGCAAACCGGACAGCCUAAUCGGCGGCAACGGCAAGUACAUCGUCCACAUCGACCCGAUCGUUCUCGCUCGUUGUGGACUCAUCCGUUCAAUUUGUUAUGAGUUUCAGUACAUGCCAUCUGAGGGAUCGGUGAUGUUCGAAAAGCAGAUAGAUGGUCGAUAUGCGUUGAACAAGAACGUAAAGUUGGUUUUCCGGGCCAACUUCUCACCAGCGUGUCUUAGCAUCCAAGUGACAACUACUGCCUACCCUACCCACAUCAUUAUUCAACGCAAAUCUAACAGACAAUCUUUUUUUGUUAUUCUGUUUAUUCUUUUUUUUCUUCUGUUAGCUAUUGAUUUUUUAGAGCCUAUAACCAGAUUUCAUGUGAGCUACGCGAAUCUUGAGCGUAGGCGUGGCGUCUUUAGAGCUGUCACUGGGCGGCUUCUACAGAAAACUAAAGCGACAUCCGCGUGUCACAGCCCAGAAGCCGCUUAA